GAGAGAGAGAAAAGAAGGUAAAGUGGGAGACAAAUUCCGAAGGAUUCUGCGGUGUCAAAAACAGCUGUGCGCUGUUCCAGCGAGAUGAAAAAAAUGUAAUAUUUACGCGGAGUGACGCGAUGCAAAGGAAGCGAGUUUCUUUGCGUUCUCCACGAGAUUCUCGCGCGUUCGCGUUAUUUAUCGAUUAUAUCCCGUGUGUGCGUGAAUCUCCUCCCUCCUCCCUGCCCGGCGGUUGCCAUGUUUGAUCGCGAACGAGUAGCGGGUCCUAACGUCCUAACGUACCACGUGACCACAGUUUACAAACGGCCGUUGUGAUAAACUGCUGAGAACGCGAUACCAGCACUAGGACGUGGUGCGCGCGCGUUAUGUGGGAUCUUCGUACGGAAGAGAAAAUAAAGUAAAGCACGAUCUUUCCGAGACGCUCGUGCUCUGUUGUGUUUCAAUUAUAUUUAUGUGCACCAUAAGGAAUAUGGAAUGUUAUCUAUGAUGAUUCUAUGGAAUGUUAUUUACAUGGUUCAAGAAUAGAAAUAUGAAGAGUGGUAGUCACAAGGAAGAACCUGAGGAUAAAAAAAAAUAUGUCUUCUUUUCGGAUCCAGAUGUUAUUGCUAAACGUGCCGAAACCUCUGCUAUUACAACACAGAUUUCAUUAGAUUUGGAAGCGCAAAGGCAAACUAUCAAAAAUCAAUUAGCCAACUCACGAGUUUCUGCACCUGACAUAAAGAGUUUAGAAAAUUUGCUAUCUUAUCACCCUGUUCAACCAUAUCCUUUUACAUUUAUUAGUGCAGUGAAACAAAAGCUAGGAGAUUGUAUCACCAGUGCAAAAAUAUACAAUCCAAGUUCUCAAGCAAAAAACAACUUGACUUCUUCAGUGUUAAAAACAAAUAGUACACAGAACUUCUAUCCAAUUGUACCGAAAAUGGAUUAUAUUAAACCACUGAAAGUUCCAGAUUUGAAAAUCUCUCCAAAAACAUUGGACUUCUCUAGUAUAGAUAAUUCCGUCUCAAAGGAACUGCCUUCAACAAAGUCUGAAACAACUGCAAAAGAAUUUGCACUUGAUAGAUCUGAUAGAUCGUUAAGAACUGGUGAAAAAGUACAAAGAAAAUUAGACUUUUUCUUUCCAGAUGGAUCAAUUAUUAAUUGUGAAAACAUAGAGCCAUUGAAAGCACCAAAUGUAUCUAUAGCAUCCAAUUUAUGUAAAAAGAAGGAACAUGUUAGAGAUAGCUCCAGGGAAAAGGAAAACAAAUCUAAGAGAAUGAAAAAAGAUGAUACUUUGUGUGCAAAGAGGGACGAACCUGUGCAAGAACAUACAAAACGCAGUCGAAGCCCAAAACAUGUUUCCAGAAAAGAUGCAAGCAAUACAGGCAAUGUAAGAUUACCAAAAAAUGAUAAAUUAUUUUAUGCUACAACAAGUAAUGAUUUUCUGUCGAUGAAAUUAAAAGAUAAAAAUGUUAUAAUUUCCACCACUAAAAAAGAUAAUGAGAAAAGACAAAGGUUUUUCAAUGCACAGUCUGUAGAAUUGAGAGAUAAUCCUAUAGGUCGAAUAUCGAGCAACGAAUCACUAUCGGAUAAAAUUACACUGAGAGAUAACAUUAGUGUUUUAUGUAAAAAUAUUGAAACUAAAUCUAAAGAUACUUGCCAUAUGAAGCAAAGAUCUGAGAUAGAAGACUCAAAAUCAGAUUCAAAUACAUCUGAUCAUAUAUUUGAUUUAGAUAAUAGACAAUUGAAGGAAGAUAAAUCAAAUAGUACCUAUAAGGAGCAAAUAAAGAGAGUGUAUGAUAAAAGUAAAAUGUCAAAUAACAAAAUCGAAGGAAAGCAACACAGUGCUAAUUCGGGACCAUCGAAAGAUAUCGGAUCCAUGUCUGAAAUAAAUAGUUCAAAAAAUCGUGCUUAUCAUGUAAAUUCUACACAGGUAUCAAAAAGUAAGGAUCUCGAAACGGCUACGGAAAUUAAACAGAACAUUAAUUUUGCCAGAUCGAUUAAAAUUUCCGAGAAAUAUGCGGAACAUUCUGAGAGACAGCUCACGAGCACAAGUACUAAGAAAGACGAGGAAUCAUAUUCCCGGAGCAUCGUUAGUAAAGAAACAACUACUAAUGAUGAUUCGAACAACGUAGAUGUCAGCAUAUUGCCGGAAGUAUUAUUCGAUGUUAGAAGAAUCUCUUUCAGAGAUGGUUAUUUCCAACAAGAAUUUCAAGAUUUAGCUACGCCGGAAACAGUAAAUUUUGUCAGAUCUAAACGAAGAAGAAACUUGAUCCCAAGUAGUGAUUCAGAAGUGGAUGCGAGCUGUCCAAAGUAUAAACCAACAAUAAAUUCUGAGAAAGAGCAGGAGGAAGGACAAUUGAUGCAUCCAAAAGCUUUACAUAAGCAAUUUCGGGCAGAACUGCAGCUUUAUGAUACUUUUAACGAGUCCCUUAGGCAAGUUAUAGAUGUUGAAAAGUGUUUAUACAAUACUAAAUGUAAGCAGGAACAAAAAAAUUCACAAAAAGUAAUGGAAAAAGAUGAAGAACUGGAGAGAACUGCUGAAGAUGGCUAUGAUAAUAAUACUGAAAAAGCAUUGGAUUCAAUUGACUGUAUGAAAAAAAAUGUCACCGAACUAUCGAGACCAAGCGACGAAUCACAGUUUAACAAAAAGUAUUACGUUUUAACAAACCAAACUAACGUCGACGAAUCGGCGGGUAUUAAUUAUGAAAAUAUAGCGGUGGUCAAAGUGGCGGAAGUACAAACUCAAACGGUGAACGAUAUAGCGACUCAAACCAACAUAUCCACGGACAAACCAAACGCGGAAGACAAAAUAUUGGAAAUCGACGAAAAGAUGUACGAACAAUCAUCUUCAGUGGAAAAUUAUAUUUCUCAACAGUUUUUAAGUUCGAUCGAACAAUUCGAAAAUUUGGACCAAAUAGAUGAUAUAUCAGUACCAAGCAGAAUAAAGACUAUGUCGGAGAUUAGUUUACAUGAAACUACCUCAUCGAUAAAAACAGAAACUGGGACUGAAAUUAGUAUCUCAACUCGAGAUGUGACGUUCUCAAUUAAUCAGUAUAUGGAUUCAGAAAUAGAACAGCUUAUAAGAGAUGAGAACCUACGAUGUAAUAAAAUGAAGGAGUUGUUAAAGUUUCAAGAGAAAACAUUAAACGACAAAACUAAAAAAUUGGCGCAAUUAGAAGAACAGAAGCGUGUGUUGAGAGACACGGGGCAAGACAGUCGUUCCUUAAAAAAGAAACAGAGAGCUCUGUUAUUAAAACUGCAACAAGAACAAGAAUUACUUACCCAGAUAAAAAGAUUGCAUCAACACGCAAGCCAGGAACGAAUGAAUAUAUUACAAAAGCAGAAAGAUAUGUUUAAUCCGGAAAUGACGACGAGGAAUAUUUUAACGAAAUUAAAGAGAAGUGCCGACAGCUCAUCACCGAGGAGAUUAUCGGGUCCUAUGAAGGGUUACGACAUACGCAGUAACAGUUCUAAGAGCUCCGUGAUUGAAUCUGAUAAAUCUCAGCACGAUGGCUCUCAUAUAGAGUCAUGUUUACAAAGAUCCGAGGGUGAUUCGAUCAAACUUGACUUGGUAAAAUCCGAUGACUUGAUCAAAUGUGACGAAUUACGAGAAAAGGAUCCGAUAGCGUCGCCGAAAAGAAGCGAUAUAUCGAAGCAUGAGCUAAGAUCUCGAAAAUAUGAAGAAAAAAUGCCUAGAGCGGAUAUUUUGCAGUGGAAGCAAAAUCAGCGCGAUAUGGAAUCGAAAUGGAUUCAAGGUCAUCCUAUGAAGAUGAAACGUCUCUUGGAAAAUCAGGAAUCAUCGAUCGGAGUAUCGCAAUCGUCAAAAUUAGAAUUAAUAAAUACGUCAGUACCUGAUCACGCGAAAUCCGAAUCCGAUACGUUAGUAGAAGAAUUGUCUAAGAAAUCGAGAACGUCGCAAGACCUCUCUGUGCAAACUGCGACCAUCGCGAAAGAAAAAGAAUUGACUUCCAAUACUGUAACCGUUAACAAUGGAUCUAUAGAGGAAGAAAUAAAAACGAUAACUCAAGAUACUGUUUCAAAAACGUCGCAAAUUUCUGAAGAUAUAUUGCAAACAAACACGAGUAAGAGUUUUAAGAAAAUUGAAAAAUCUAUUACGAGUGACAGAGACAUAUCCAAGAAGUCGCAAUAUAGUGAAGAGUCUAAUGCAAAUUCCAAGCACAAGAAUUUAAAGUAUCAAAAGGUGAAGUCAUCUUCCAAUACAUUAACGGAAAACAUACCAUCCAAAUCAAGUUCUCAUUUAUCUGAAGAAGUUAUCAAACAUCAAGAUAAACGAACAAAACUUGAGCAUGAAUUGCUUAACAAUAACAAAGAUUCAAUUUUAAGUGAGUUAGAUUUUAAUGAAAGCCAAAAAUCGCUUGUUAAGCAUUCGAAACUUGUAAAGGAUAAAAACUUAAAGUCGAGCGAAACGUCUAACGAUUACGAGAGUAAGGAAAACGUGUCCAGUCAAGUUUCCAACAGAAAACUUGCAGAUGAUGAGAAUUCUUCUAGAAACGAACGCAGCAACACUCAAAAUAUAUCCACGUCUCGAAUUAGUACUUUUGCCAUUUCUCAUCGCAGUUCUAAAGAAAGUGAGAAAAAUUUAUCAAAAUCUAUAGUCGUUAGAUCGCAGGACAGACAUUUGGAACAAAUUUUAAACGCACGCGAAACUGCAGUUGUAUCGCGUAAAAACUGUCUUAAGAACUUGAUGGCCUGGCACGCAAGAUUAAAAGUAGAAGAAAACCGUGUGACUCGCAUGGAGCAGACGGCAUAUAAACUUGUUGCGACUUACUCCAAUAUCUUGAAUCAGCUAGAUACCACUAUUUCGUCUGAUACGAGCGAUGUCGAGGGAAGAAUAGGAGUUCUUGCUAAAAAGUUAGAGGAACGACGCAUUGAAAUCGCUCGUUUAAAAAGAGAAGCUAAGAAGCAAACCAAGAAACAGCUACGUGCUCUAGAGGCAAAUUUACUGAAUCAGAUUAAAAAGUACGACAUGACCAUCCACGAAAUGCGUAAAAAAUUGGAAACGAAGAAAACUAUUAAAGAAACCGACAAGUUAGCUAUAGAACCAAAGUCAUUGGCUGAUUUCAAAGUACCUGAAAUACCGCUGAAAAGGAUACAAGAUAUUUAUAAGAGUAGCGAUUUAUUGAGAUCUAGAUCGGAAUCUGAUCUUUUAGUGACGAGAAAUCAGCAAAAAAAUCUGUCAAAAAUUAUUUCUAUAACGUACGAUGAUAAACUUGAAAAGGAUAGUUGUAAAAAAUCAAAAUAUAUGGAUACCAAAAGCACAAAUAUUUCAGAAUUAAAGGACAAUCAUAUCGUUCCCGACGAAUUCACUUCAUCAGAGGCUUAUAAUAAAAUUCGACCAGCGACUUCGGUAUUAUCGACUGCAAAUGAUGCACAUUUGGAAAAAUAUCUUACUCUUUCUAAGAAAACGCACAACGAAGAAUCUGAGAUAAAACAAAAUAGCACAUCUGGCAAUGUAGAAGAAAACGUUGAAACAAAUCUCAGCACAGUAAGAUCAGAAUCGGAAGUGCGAACAUUAUCGGAUGCGAGAUUUGUAGAUCACAGUACCAUCAAUACCGAAUCAAGGACAAAUAAAGGAUCAACGACUGAUGUCGAUCGAUCUCGACCAAAGACAAAUCUCGCGAUUCGAGCUGAGAAUCGGGAAAUAGAAAAUGUCUACUAUAUAAAAGCCGUUCCGAUUAGAUCCGACUAUUCCACGGAAAGUGCUGCUUGUACAGUCGCCGAUUCCGAUAUACUCACUUAUUCGAGGAAAUUGGACUAUUUACAGUUAAAUAAUAAGAACCUGAGCGAAGAUAUAAGUUUGAUCGAAAAUGAUAUCAAAGCUUUUUCGGAAAUGAUAUCGCGCCUGAAUAACGAAUCGAAUGAAAAGUCUAAAGUGGAGAACGACGAAAGAAAUACAUCGCAGGAUAUAUCGGAAAUAAUAUCCAAAUCAGUUUUUAGCGAUAAAAUCUCAAAUAAUAUUUCAAAUGAGGAGAAGCAUAUAAGCUCGGAUGAAAUUAAUACCAAGCUUCGUUUGACAAAUAAUGAAAAAUCAAAAUCUCUCGACGAUUUGAGUCACGAUAAAUAUAAAUCGGACGAAAUAAUAAAUAGCGAAACAUCGAUAAUAUCGGAAGAGGUUCAUCUCUCCGAUUUGGCUCGCGAAAUUGAUUAUGAAGCUAAAAGCAAAGAGAUAAUGAAUCAAAUAGAGAAAUCGAUAAUAUCAGAACACGUUAAAACUUCAGGUUCACGUUCGAUAUUAGAAAAUGAGGACAAAGAAUUGAAUGACUUAGUCUCGGAGCUCGAGGUAAAAUCAAUUUCUGAGAUUUUUUCCAAAAUGUCAGAAAGCAGAAAAAAUCUCGAUCGCGCAGCAAAUAUUAUCGAUGACUCAGAGAAACGUAUAAGUGAACAGAAGGAUUUAAACGAGAAAAAGUUGGAGAAGGAUUUUGUAAAAAAUCGAGCGGAAAAAGCGGAGCGUUUAUUAAAAUUUUCUGAACAUUUUCAUUCUCCCAUCAUUUCGGGUCACCGUUUGAAGGAAAAUUGCGAAACGCAAAACACAGUUUCAAACAAAAUCUUACUACACGUUGCCAAAAGCAAAGAUUUGGAAUCGGAUAAUAUUCCCGAGGUAUUGAAAGCGGAAAUAGGUACUGAUACAAGAAUAUUAAAGAGUCUCGAUGAAGAUGUUGAAACAAGUUUAGUCCGCCAUAGCAAACAUUCGCAUCCAGCAUCCAACGUUAAUCAAGAUCAGUCGCAUACGACGAUUGACACGGAAAAUAUUUCUCAGGAUAGAAGCAAUUGGACAACGUCCGAUUCGUUCCAAGUCCCGCAGGAUGAAAUCAGUACUGGAGAACAAGAUGACAAUUCGAGAUCACGCGAGGAUCACACAGAUGUUUCGAAUAAUUUCUCGAAGAAAAACGUAUCACAUUGCGUUGACGAUGCUUCGAAUUUGGAGGCUAAAAUUAAUUCGACAAAUGACAUAAACGUGUCGACAUGUGUUCCGAAGGGAGAAUCCACCAAAGUCGAGGUGCACGACAUUACGUUUAAUAACGUAUUAACGGAUUCUCAGGUGAUAAAAAAUAAUGACGAACUUGACGAUAUAUUAGAUAUCAUCGCUAGAGAAGAGAAUAUUUCUGAUAAAGAAAACGAAAAGCUUGAUAACGUAAUCUCAGAUUCUAUGGCUGAAUUAUUGGAAAAAGUCAAGGAUAUCGUGGAAAACGAUCAACGAAGUAACGAGGUAGAUAAUCGUUAUGAAGGAAUUUUAGACGAUAUAAAUAUCAGUGUAAAUGACGAAACCGAUGAAGCUGUCUUGGAUCUUUCGUCCUUGAAUGACAAAGCGCAAGGAAAGAUAAAUGAAGAAAAUAUAAGCGAAACUAAUACGGAUUAUCCAAAUACACAUAACGAUAAUAAACCUGAUAAUGAAAAAAUAGAUAUUUCCUUACAAACGGUCGACGAAACCGAGGAGAAAGCCAAGGUAAAUUUGCAAGUCGAGAUGGAUAACGAAGAGAGUCCGCGCAAAGCGAUACCGGAAAUGCAAGAAAUUAUAAUAACAGAAUUGGAUUCGGAUAGUGUAGAGGACAAUGUCUUAUCGGAACUCGAAAUCGAUGCUAAAGUCGAAUUGGCCGAAGAAGAAGAAUCUGCCGCGAGUUACGUAAACGAAGACGAAGAAAAGAAGGAUAUUGUAGAAAUAAAGGAAUGUUUGGAAUCAAUUGUGGAACAGGACAGCUCGGAUGGCGAACAAUUGGACAAUUUGGUGGAAGUUGCUGAAAGUGGAUUGGAUACUGUGGAAAAAAUCAUUGCAACAUGUGAUUUUCCGGAAUCACUAGUAGACGAAGCAGUCUCCGAAGUUGAAGAAACUGAAGAAAGAACAAAUGAUCCAGCUGAAAAGACAAUUGACAAAAUGGCGAUAUCGGACAAUGCACCGAUAAUCGAAAACCUCAACAAAACCUUCGACAUAUUGAAGGAUCCAGAGUACGAGGACAUUUCCGAGGAGAGUCUCGAGGUGUCUGAAAUUUUAGAUAAAAAUGAUUUACCGAAGACGAAGAAAUCUUCCAACUUGCCAGAUAAAUAUCAAGCUACGCAGAGAUCGGAGGAAGUAUUGAGGAUACUGGACGAAAUUUCGCAAAGAUCAUCGUCCGAUUCCACGAGCAAUUCGCAGAGAAACGAAGAGAAAAAUGUUGCGCAGAGUGAGACGCAGGAAGAGAUCAGCGAGCUACUCGACGCGGAGGUUUCCGCGGAGGAUGAUAAUUCGUCUCCCGAAAUGAUGAAUAAGAUGAUGACGGGACACGAGGACAUCGAGGAGAAAUCUUACCAAGUGGACGAUGAAUCAGAGAAAGACCGAUUUCUGGAAAGAAGAGUGGAAUUACCAGACGAGGCCACCGGCGACGCGGACUUGGUCGAGGAGAAGGACGACGACGAGGAAAACAAGUCCGCCCGGAUAAUAUACGAACUGCAGGAGAGAGUCUCGCGGCUCCAAGAACAGGAUGGCUCGUCCGGUGAAUCCAGCGAAGCCGGCGAUACUCCGAGAGGAGUUUCCGACAUCGAGAUGGAUUCGCCAAGAGACUUCAACGAUUCCAGAUUGGACAUCGACAUCCUGGAUGACGAUCUGCUGAGCGGUACCAAAGCGAUGACGAAUCAGAACGUCGAUGUGAAAACCAAUUUUCACCCGGCGUCUAUCGUCGCCACGUCCGAGAACGACAUCACGGCCAUGAUUGAUAAAUUAAAAGCUUCGCUGGAACAACCCGGUCUCGAGGUCGCCGAAUUGGAAGCCAAGUUGCUUCGCAUCGAGCAACUGCAGAUCGAAUUGGAGAUCAAGAAAUUGGAAGCGGAGGAGGUGUCCUUUUACGUUCGGGAAAUACCAAAUAAACCGCCGCCUCCCUACACCCCGCCUGGAGAUGGUCGAUUAUCGACUUCACUGGGUUCACCUUCGCUGGUCACCGUGAUUCCAUGCAACGUGGAAGAACUGACAUCGUUCACCGAGAGAGCCACGACUCUGAUAUACAGUGCUAAACUGGCCGGGGAGGACAUCGCGAGUCUGGAAGCACCAGGCGAGAUUUACGAGUCGAUCAAGGAUAAGAACGAGAACAGGGACAGACGGAUAUACAACACCUUUCUCUUUGAUCUAUGCAAGGAGAUCAUCGUGGAAGUCUUUCGGGCGGAGUACGAGAAGCCUGGACCGAGCUGGACGAAGCCGAACGUGAAAACGAAACCCGCGAUGAAGAUCCCGAAGACCGUGGAAGAACUCGUCGAGUACGUCAACAAGGAAGUCGCCACGCUGUUCGGUUUCAAGACGAAGCUGCAAAGGGAGAACAUGGUGAUGCGUUGGAGCAGGAAACGUAGGGAUCGCGUCGACGAGUUGCUGGCGAGGGAAGCUCAAGCCGAGGAGGACGAAUGGACGAAGUUUCAUCACGACGAGCUGGUGGUGAAGAAUGGACUCACGGUAGCUAUACUGGACACUCUCAUGAUGGAAACGGCGAACGUGAUGAAAAUAGCGUACGGUAAAAAGAGAAGAAUAAUGGUGUAGCGAUCAUAAGCAUUUUGCAUCCCGCGAACAGAGAUACUUAUCAUAUCUUACAUAUGAUAAUUAUUAAAAUCGAGGCAAAGGAUGUAUAAAAUGUUCUCUCUUUUUUUCCUCAGAACUGCGUUUCCCACGUUACAUUCUUACAUUUUUAUUCAUAAUAUUUUAUAGCGUGUAUCAUAGGCUGGUUCCUAUUUAUUUGUUGAUUGUACAAUUUGUUGUUUUUUUUCUUUUUGUCACUUUACCGAGCUGAUUCAACGUAUCGAAUAUACAGUGAAAAAGCAACAAGCUGCAUAAGUGAGAUAAUGAAAAAUAUGUGAAUAACAGAAAGAUAUGGGUGUAAAUAAUUAUUAGGCAUUAAUAUAUUCUAUCCAUGCAAUUUGAUAAUCAAAUCAUCCUAGGUCAGUUUAAAAAAAAAUUUAUCUCUUGUUAACAAGGCGAUUUUGACACGAGUGUCUAACGUUUAAUGAUAAUUAUAUGUACGGGCUAUCAUAAAACAAUUGACGCGCGCGUAAGAAGUGAUGUACUUUUUGUUUUUUUUUGUUUCACAAAUGAUCAAGUAUUCAUUAUUGAAUAUAAUUGUAAAGCAUUUGGUUCAUUUUGUCUCGCAUAGAAUUUGAUAGCGAAAGUACGAUCUUCUGUUGCGUAAGUUAUACUUUAUCGUCUAUUCCUGUAGCUUUAAUCGAAAUUGUACAAUAUAUAAUUACUGCGCAACACAAUCUAUGCUCUCGUUAAACUGUAAUUGAACGAAAUGCUCCCUUCGAUUGCUGUGUAUGUAAAACUUAUUUUAGCAAAACGUAUAACAUAUGUAAGUAUAUAAGUACAUUUCGCAAUAAGUCACACAAGUCGAGGACGUCACAUGUGCUCAAUUACUUGUAAUAAAAUUAACAAAAUUCAAACGGAAAGACUGACAUUUUGGGGCCAUUUUGAUCGAAAUUAUAAACCGUUAAAUCAAGUACACAUAUAGAUCGACAUUGUAGUAGACAUCGGCUAUACAGGGUGAGGCGCAUAAGCAUUUUUAUCUCUGAGAACACUUCUCUUUCUUGUCAUUACUUUAAACAAUUGGUUUAAAUCAUGUUUUAUGUGCUUCUCUUGCAUGUUGUGGUUUUCAAACGUAUUGAAUAUAUUCAAGAGAGAAAUAGAGAUUAAUUCUUUAAAUAAAACACAUGAAUAUAGCCCCUACAAUUGUAUAGAAUACAAUCAAAUCCUAUAUAAUAUAUACAGUCACAUUACAUUUAUUAUUAUCGACACAAACUAUCUGUAAUUUCAUUUAUUAAUAGACUGAUAAUCGCGAUCAAUAUGCGUUUUAAUUCGCGAUCGAUGCGAUUUUGUUGCCCUUAGAUUUAUGUUUAUGGUUGUGAUGUAAACGUAAGGCUUGCGGGAAUGUCUGAUAGUAAAGCACAUUCAAACAUUGUAGCAAUUACACAUGCUGCAAUCUUCAUAAUUUUUCUGAUAUUCUGAUAUCAUCAUCGUUUUGAAUGUGCGCUACCUCGAGGUUCUUGUACGCUUUAAAUAUGUAAAUACUGCAGCGCUCAAGUGCUCAUUGUCCAGCGUUGUUCCUAUAUAUACAUGGGUAACAUCGCUCUUUUAAUUGAUUAAUUUUUAAUUGUAAUUUUUAUUAAAAUUCUCAUACACGGACUCUCCCGAAGAACCUUCUUCCGUUUGCAGGGUACUUUUCUUUUAGUAUUAUUCACAAUCCUCUUUACAUUUAUCGUUCUCGGCCGUGUCUGUAGUUGUUACAGAGAUUGUUCACGUAUGUAGUGUUGAAUAUGUACUUAAUUAAGCUAUAAUAUAUUUUAUAAUAAACUUUUUCGGAAAAGAGGGA